GACACAUUUUACCACUUUGGAAGUGUCUCUCGCGCAAACUAUUCAGUUUAGAAAAAAAAUAUAUUAGAAACCUGAAUAUAAUUUUUGAAGACCUAUUCAUAGAUACUCCACACGUAUGGAUUUGAUGAAAAAAAAGUUUUGAGUUUCAGUUCUAAGUAUGGGGUACCCCCAAAAUUUAUUGUUUUUUUUGUGUGAAAAUCUUAAUGCGGUGCACAAAAUACAUUUACUUACCAAGUUUCAAUAGUAUAGUUCUUAUAGUUUCGGAAAAAAGUGGCUGUGACACGGACGGACAGACAGACAGACAUGACGAAUCCAAAAGGGUUCCGUUUUUUGCCAUUUGGCUACGGGACCCUAAAAAUGUCUUCCAUCAAACCUAUGAUGAUCUCGCCAUGUCAAAAUUGUUCUCGUAGAGCAUGACAUUAUUCGAGAGUUGCUUUUAGUUAAGUGAUAGCUGGACUUUAGAUAUAGCCACGACGGAUGGGUGUCAACUAAAGAUAUGCACUAUCGUCAGCUAUUUUAUCUUAAUACAUACAAAUAUAAAUUAUCAUUGAUAUGUUAUCAAGCGCGGUUUCAUAUUAUCGUUUCUUCUGAGUCUGUAUAGUCGUUUCGGCGUUACGCGUUCACACGCGCGCUUAAUAUCGCUACAUUUGGUCUACACGCGUAUCCAAAAACGAACUUACCUUACGAAUAAAAGGCGUAAGUUAAGUAAUUUUUAAUUUUGUGAUCUUUGAUCAAAGAGUCUACUCCAUAAAUGGCGGAAUACAUAUUUAAAGAUGAUUAUGAAGUCCUUGCUGACCCUCAUUUAAAACUAGUUGUAUGGAACCUUAUAAAACAUGGAUUCAUAAAGGGAAAUAUUCUUGUUGAACCAGUGGGUCAAAAAAGUGCACACGUGAAGAGAUUCAUAUACGAAGAGGAAGAUGGCACUACGUUUAAGAUGAUCGGAAAAUUUGCACCCGUAGCCGAUGAAUUAAGAAAGAAUACAAUUAAUUUAUUCAAUAACGAAAUGGUAAUGUACAAUCUAGUGUUGCUUAAGCUAAAUGAUAUACAGAACUCGGAAGAAAACUCAGAAAAAAUAAGAUUUCCAGCUUGCUACGGAAUUUUAACGGAAGCACCUUACGAAUUCACUCUUCUUGAAGAUUUAAAAGAAGCCCGUUUUGAGAUGCUGGACAGAAGGAGUCCCUUAACCAAUGAAAGUGUUCGUUUAGUUGUGAAGAAUUUGGCCAAAUAUCACUCACUUUGUUAUGUCUUUAAAAAUUCAGAACCAGAAAUAUAUGAAAAUUACUUAAAUAAACUGUCAAAUGUAUGGGCCAUUAUGUUUGCUGAAGCUGAAACAGAGCAGUUUUUAGAAUCGAGCGUGAAUGAUCUUCUCGAAAUAAUGCAUGACGAGAGUGAUAAGUAUAAGAACGUAUUAAACAGGACGUUGACACAAGUUGCAUCAACUAUCAAGAAAAUUGAAAGUUACGAAAAGGAUUCAAAGUAUUCUGUGAUCCAGCAAGGUGACUGUUGGACUAAAAAUAUUAUGUUCAUUCUUCAGGACGGCAAGCCUGUCGAUGACGUGAUGAUUGAUUACCAGCUAGCAAGAGAAAGCAGCCCGGCCUCCGACCUUCUGUACCUUAUUCUCAAUAGCACAGACCACGCCACCAGACUGAAGCACUACCAUGAAUGGAUCGACUAUUACCACGAAAAUCUCGACUACUCACUAAACCUACAUGGUCUUAAAGCUGAGAGCAUAUUUCCCAAAGACCAACUCGACACAGACCUUCGAAUAUAUGGCGAACUGAUGGUUAGUUUAAGUGUGAUGCUCUCAACUAUAUUAGUAAGGGAAUCUAAAGAUGAUGUAGAUAUCCAAGAAUUUACUCGCGAAGAUGGAGUAACGGGAGACGAAAUGACGCAGGACACAUUAUUGGAUAUAUCGACUAUUGUUCAAUUGAGAGAGAAAAUCAUGGGUAUAAUUGAUACUGCUCUUGAGUUUGGACUUAUUUGACUUUUGAAACUUUUAUUAUGACUAAAAUUAUAGCCGAUUAUUUUUUGAGAAAUACUACGCCAAAUCUUGGGAUUAGUUGUCAAGCGGACCCCAGGCUCCCAUGAGCCGUGGCAAAAUGCCGGGACAACGCGAGGAAGAAGAAGACUGAAUUACAUGGUAAGUUUUGUGCUUUCCUCCGGUUGUUCCGGACCGUUCUCAUCGAGUUUCUUGAUUAACAACAGUACCCCUAGUGUAAAAAAAUUCGAUUUCGAAACGUGACGUACGCGUUUGCGUUUAGUCUCAUUUUGUAUUGGAUUUAGAAAGAGCGCGCCAAGCGGGACGUUUUGGAAACUCAAAAUCCUAUACAAAAUGAGACUUAACGCAAACGCGUUCGUCCCGUUUCAAAAUCGAAUUUAUUUACACUAGGGGUACUGAGCGUCAAUUGUCUCGACAUAAUCUUUCUUUUGUUUAGGCAGCGUAUUGUGUGACGCCUUGGCGUUACUUAUAAUACUCAGGUGGUACCAAUAAUAACUAAUAAGAAACUCCCUUUUUUUAGUCAAUCAGUUGAAUAAAACUUUCCUUUGAAUUGGUCCUUAGGAUUCAAGGAUGGAUUUAAGAAGUAGAGCCAUCAAGGCUUUUGGUGU